GGACUUUUAGGAGAGGCAGCAUAUAAACCGGGCUGCCUUUUUAAAGUCGCCGGAACCCGUCAGAAAAAGUCCGCCGGAUAUUUCACUUUCGGCAAAUCAAAAAAAAAGCUUCCGAAUAUUAUUAGUAGUAUUACCGAAUAAAUGUGGUAUAGAUCAGCCUCAUUCAUUCUCGACACCCAACAACAGCUACGAGACGACGCCGUAGCAGCAGCAGCUCAGUUACCCGAGAGCCGUAUCCUCUCUCCAGCCACCACCGCCACGGCCACCGCCACUCAUAACUCCUCUUCCAUGGCCGAGACCCUCCAAAACCCUAACCCUAACGUCUCCGCCUACUACCAGACGCGGGCGGCCCACCACGGCGUCGUCACCAGCGACUGGCUGGCCCAGGCGCAGGCAGCCGUGGGCCGCCACCCCGACGACCUCCCGCCGGAGAAUUCCAAGGCCGGUGAUUUCGGGAAGGCGUUCAGCGUGGUUGACGAGUUCAAUAACUGGAGGAAACAGCCCGAUCUGGCCGAGGCGGUGGCCGCGAUUAGGGCUUUGGCUUCUGUCAUUCGGUCCAGCGAGGCUACCACCAUGAUGGAGCUCGAGAUUGAGCUUAAGAAGGCCUCUGAUUCACUCAAAUCAUGGGACACUACCUCCAUCUCUUUGACGGCUGGCUGUGAUCUUUUCAUGCGCUACGUAACAAGAACUUCAGCUUUAGAGUAUGAGGACUUUACUUCAGCUAAGUCUCGCCUCAUUGAACGUGCUGAGAAGUUUGGGGAGAUAUCUUACAAGGCACGUAAAAUCAUUGCAAUGCUUAGCCAAGAGUUCAUUUUUGAUGGCUGUACCAUUUUGGUGCAUGGUUUCUCCAGAGUAGUUUUGGAAGUUCUCAAGACAGCAGCACAGAAUAGGAAACUCUUUCGAGUUCUUUGUACAGAGGGAAGGCCAGACAGAACAGGGUUACGGUUGUCAAAUGAGCUAGCCAAGCUUGAUAUUCCUGUGAAGCUCUUAAUAGACUCCGCUGUGGCAUAUAGUAUGGAUGAAGUUGAUAUGGUAUUUGUUGGAGCAGACGGAGUGGUUGAAAGCGGAGGCAUAAUUAACAUGAUGGGGACCUAUCAAAUUGCUUUGGUGGCCCAAAGCAUGAACAAACCAGUUUACGUGGCUGCUGAAAGCUACAAGUUUGCUCGCUUGUAUCCGCUAGACCAGAAAGACAUGGCCCCUGCCCUGCGUCCGAUUGAUUUUGGGGUACCUAUACCAUCCAAGGUCGAAGUGGAAACCUCGGCCCGGGAUUAUACACCCCCUCAAUAUCUCACCCUGCUUUUCACAGAUCUUGGAGUUUUGACACCAUCUGUUGUUAGUGAUGAGCUCAUUCAGCUGUACUUGUAGGCAUGGUUGGCAUUAUAACUUAAUACAGCAAGCAGACUAGGUUUUAGUUUCCUUGCAAAUUGAUGCAUAUUCCUUUUAACGUCCUGAUUCAAAUGCAACUUGGCUAAAUUUUGGGAAUUUUGUUUUGUGUACAUGUGAGUGGGAAAUUUUUGCAU